AUGGUCAAUAGGACCAGACAGAGGGAAAAUGCCACAAACUUCUUCAUCUUGGUCUCAGCUCUCCUGCCCGGCUACUUCUGCACUGAGACCCCGGUCACUCUUCCUCGAAUGUCUAUGGAGGGGGACGAGGGAAACCGCGACCAAUCGUCACGGGAAGAGUGGACACUCCUGCUUUGGACCGCUCUCGCUGUCGUAGUGCCCGUGAUCAUUACAUUGUGGUGCAGUGCCCAACGCUCCAAACGGAAAAUACACAUGAAAGACUUCUUCCGCAAGAGCAAGCACGGUUGGCACUGCACCGAUCUGUUCAACAAGCCCACCUACUGCUGUGUAUGCCAACAACACAUUCUACAAGGGGCGUUCUGCGACUGCUGCGGAGUGUGCGCUGACGAGACAUGCCUGCGUCGGGCCGACCGGAGCCUUGUGUGCAAAGAGAUUAUGGCGCCGUCCCAAACGGAUGGGACAAUGGAGCACCGCUGGGUCCGGGGAAACGUCCCUCUCUGCAGUGUCUGCGCGGUCUGCAAGGAGCAAUGCGGGAACCAACCGAAGCUGUGUGACUUUAGGUGUGUGUGGUGUCAGACCAUGGUGCACGACGACUGCAAGCCCAGCCUGUCAGACGGGGAGCGCUGUGAGCUGGGCGAGUUCCGCAGCCUCAUCAUCCCCCCUCACUACCUCCACAAUGUCAAUAAGCUCCGCCGCAGGCACCCCGAUGAGUACAGCAAGCUGGCGUCUGCCUGCGGGAGUGGCUGGACUCCAGUGCUGGUCCUGGCCAACACUCGCAGUGGGAACAACAUGGGGGAGGCUCUGCUUGGAGAAUUCCGCACCAUCCUCAACCCUGUCCAGGUGUUUGACCUGUCGGAGCUGCCUCCCUCCAAGGCCCUGCAGCUGUGCACCCUGCUGCCUCCAGGCAGUGUGAGGGUGCUGGUGUGUGGGGGGGACGGCACCGUGGGCUGGGUGCUGGAUGCCAUCGACACCAUGAAGCUCAAGGGCCACGACCAGUUCAUCCCCAGGGUGAUGAUUCUGCCACUGGGUACGGGGAACGACCUGUCCAAUUCCCUGGGCUGGGGGUCGGGCUACGCCGGGGAGAUCCCUGUGGAGCAGGUGCUAAGGAAUGUCCUUGAAGCAGAGGUGGUCAAGAUGGACAGGUGGAAAGUUCAGGUAGCCUCAAAGGGACUCUACUUUCGUAAGCCAAAGGUCCUGACCAUGAAUAACUAUUUCUCAGUGGGGCCGGAUGCUCUGAUGGCGCUCAACUUCCACAACCACCGUGAGAAGACCCCCUCCUUCUUCUCCAGUCGCAUCAUCAACAAGGCUGUAUAUUUCAUGUAUGGCACCAAAGAUUGCUUAGUUCAAGAAUGCAAAGACCUGGAUAAGAGGAUUGAGUUGGAGCUGGAUGGAGAGAGGGUGGCCCUGCCCAGUCUGGAGGGCAUCAUCGUGUGUAACAUCGGCUACUGGGGCGGAGGCUGUCGUCUGUGGGAGGGCAUGGGGGACGAGCCCUACCCCCCUACACGGCUGGAUGACGGGCUGCUGGAGGUGGUGGGUGUGUUUGGCUCCUUCCACUGUGCUCAGAUCCAAGUCAAGAUGGCCAACCCGGUGAGGCUGGGCCAGGCCCACACAGUCAGGCUGGUGCUGAAGACGUCCCGGAUGCCCAUGCAGGUGGACGGGGAGCCGUGGGCCCAGGGCCCGUGCACCAUCACCAUCACCCACAAGACCCAGGCCUUCAUGCUCUACCACAGCGCCGAGCAGACGGACGACGACGACGACGAAUCCAGCACCUCCGAGGCUGAGAGCUCCGCCCCCCAUGACUCUCCUAAGCCAGCAGGUCCCGCCUCUGCUCGUGCCUGAGCCCCCAAGUUCCACCUCCUCAAUGUUUCUUCCAUACCCCUCCUUUGUUCGUUAUGGUAAAUGCUUAUGACAUAUGCCACGCUUGCGCACUCCCCAGAUGUUAUAAGCCAGAGCUCAGACAUAUUCCCGCCUCGUGGUGAAGGUGGGAGGGAAAGGAAGGAGGGAGAUGUUUCAGUGGAGGAUGGGCUGUAUAUUUGCACUGAUCCCUUGUGCCAUAGUUAUAGCAGUUCUAUAGUAUUAAUAGUUUGGCAGUGUUUCCCAACAUGGACCCGUGUGUCCCUGACUCAGGAGGAAGCAUUGGCCUCGACACACUGACUCCUAUGAUAGAAUAUAUAUUUGUAAGUCAGUCACUGGACAUUUUGUUUUGUUUACUCUAUUUCAUGAUGAUGCACUGUUACUGCCUUGUUGGCCAAAUCCCCUAUUACAUGUGCUGUAUUGGACAGACACUAGUUAGUGGUUACUAAGUCUUAAGAAAAUGUUACUUGACUAUAUUUCUUAAAAUGAGUUUAUUAGGACACGUAGUCAACCAUUCCUAGUGAAAUACUGUUGAAGUCGGAAGUUUACAUACACCUUAGACAAAUACAUUUAAACUCAGUCUUGACAUUUAAUC